CUAUUGAGCCAUAAAAAAAAAAACUCCAAUAAAGAAAAAAAAUUUGUUAUAAGCCCUGCGCCUGAUUCCCUGUUCCCCACCAUAAAGCAGCUCUCUCUACCUAUUAACCGAACAACCACAGAAAUCCUAAACCGAACUCUCCUCUGAUCCAUAUGAACGAAAAGAAAACCUUAGUGCUGAACAUGUACCAAUCCCUAUCCACCGGCGACAUGAAUAAGGCGGCGGCUCUCCUCGCCGGCGAGCUGGAGUGGCGGUUUCACGGCCCACCGGGGAGGGAGCACAUGAUGCGGAUUCUCACUGGCGUCGAGAACCAAAAAUUCCGGUUCAGGCCGCGCAGGGAGGCGGAGCUGGGGAAGUGGGUGGUGGUGGAGGGAUGGGAGCUGAGCGGCGAGGAGGAAGACUAUUGGGUACACGCGUGGGUGGUGGAGGGUGGGGUUAUCACGCAGUUUAGGGAGUACUUUAACACAAGCGUGACGGUUAGGGUGUUGGGCGGGCCGGCGACGGGGGAUUUGGGGGAGAUGACGCUUUGGAAGAGCCGAGCGGGCCGGCCGCUGCCCGGUUUAGUGCUCCCGGUCUGA